UGACAUCACACCCUUUAGCAGCUAGGAAAGGCUAGCAGCUCAGUUGAAGCUUUAAGAAGGAUUCAGGAAGGUCAACGGAGGUUCCGGUAAGGUAGGCCUCACCCGUCAUCUUCUACGGAGGUGGGCUGCUCCGGACAACUGGUGAGCAGACCUUCAGCCUUCAAGUCAUGGACGACAGAGGCUCUGCCCCCUCCAGUCUCCCAGCAGAGCCUCAAAGUCCUGUGAGUGAGAACCCCGCUUGUGGAGAUGAGGAGCUGGACGAGGAGACCAUGAAGCACAUCUCCGCCUUGUACACAGCUUUGGGGCCCCUCCUGACAGAGGUGACCCAGCUGCAAAGCCAUCAGGACCCCCCUGCCCGUCUGAUGGUUGACAUGAAGGCCAAACUGAAAGAGCUGGGCUCCAGCGUCUCCGAUGCCAGGACCAGGAUGCUGAGGUACAACAUUUACCUGAAAAAGAAGCUGGCCAAAGCAGUGCAGGAGAGGGCAGCCCUGAGAGAGCAGUCGCUGAGGCAGGAAGGCGCUGGCACUGAGCAGCCCAGCAUCACCCCGCUGCCGAAGGGGGCCAGGUCCGAGGUGGAACCAGAGAAAUCCAGCAUGGGGACAGAGAAGCACAUCCAGGAGAUUGUGGCAUCAGAAAUCCCGAGGAUCAAGCCACCACCCGAGCGGGUGCAACGGCGUGUGAAGCUGCAGGAAGCUCCUUUGGCAACAGAGGACACAGGACGGGCCAGUGUGACACCCCAGGGAUUCCCCCAGAAAAAUGCUUCCAAUGUAGAUAACGUGGUAACUAGAACUACCUUACAUGACGACUGUGACUUAACCAAGGAUGGCUUGAGUGGUGUGGCUUUUCCUUCUUGCACAGUGACGGGGAUGAAACCUCAUGAAAUGGUGAAGAACAAACUCUACACCGUUCACGCCCUGGCUCUGGCCAGGCUGCCUGCUGCUAAACGUGAAGAUAGCCAAACGUGUUUGUUUGCUGACCUUCCGGCCCUUCCCUUAAAAGAAGCCCACUCUGACCCAUAGCAGUGGGACGUGCACAGUUCUCUCCAUGCAAGCACCCGCCUGUCACGCUUCCCGAAGGACCGUAGGCUGCCGUGAGAGCGAACGACGUUGAGCCAGGUUGCCUUCAUCCACGUAACAGCAAUAAAAAGCCUGCAUUCCUGCAGUGA